AUGGCUCAACUCGACCAAAUGCAAGGUCUAGUUGCCACUCUGAUUCUCCUGACAGUAGCAUUGCUUGCAUACAGAUCAGUCAUUUCUAGGCAACGUCUCAAAAGCAGCCAUCCACUGCCACCCGGUCCCAAACCACGAAUGCUCAUCGGGAAUAUCCCAGAUCUCCCACCCGCGGGCGCGAAAGAAUGGCUUCAUUGGCUCAAGCUCAAGGAGCAGUAUGGUCCCAUCAGCUCGUUGUCGGUACUCGGACAGAACAUAAUCAUAAUCAGCGACUACAAGAUUGCCGUCGACCUGAUGGAGAAGCGCUCGGCCUUCACUUCCUCUCGUCCGGUUCUCGAGUUCGGUUCAAAGCUCUGUGGCUGGGAGAGAGGACUUGCGAUGAUGCCGUACUCUCCCAAAGUGCGUGCCUAUCGCAAGGCACUCCACGCUGUGCUUGGGACGCCCUCUGCGAUCGACCCGUUUCGACCACUGAUUGAGCUGGAGACGCGUCGGUUUCUGGUCCGAGUCCUCGAGAAGCCCGAGGACGUUUUGCACUUAAUACGUACCCAAGCAGGUGCCGUCAUACUGAAAAUCGGCUAUGGGUAUACGAUUGAGCCUCGUGGACAUGACCCUUUGGUCGACCUGGCGGAUGAAGGUGUGGAUCAAUUCUCCAAGGCUUGUGCACCUGGUGCAUGGAUGGUAGAUGUCAUCCCUGCCUUGAAGUAUUUGCCAGAAUGGCUGCCUGGUGCAGGGUUCAAGCGCACAGCACGUCACUGGAAGGCGACCCUUCAUGCCGUGGCGGACAGACCGUACGCAUUCGUGGAGAGGCAGCUCAAGAAAGGCGACGCGGAUCCCUCAUACCUUUCCAAGCUGAUCGAAACCGAUGAGGGAAACUUGACUCCCGAGGCUGAGGAGAUUGCUCGCUGGUCAGCCUUUUCGUUGUACACUGGCGGUGCUGACACGACAGUGUCUUCGAUGUCGUGCUUCGUCCUCGCGAUGGCGUUGUACCCUGGCGCACAGAAGAAGGCGCAGACAGAGAUUGAUGCUUUCGUCGGCACGUCACGCCUACCUACAUUCAAAGACCGCGCAUCUCUGCCGUACGUCGACGCUCUGAUCAAAGAAGUCCUCCGCUGGCACCCCGUGGCUCCCAUGGGUGUGCCUCACCUGACGACGAAAGGUGAGGUGUACAACGACUACCUGAUCCCCGAGAACAGUCUGCUCAUUCCGAACAUGUGGGCCAUGCUUCAUGAUCCAGCCGUCUACCGUCAGCCAGAUGUCUUCAAUCCUUCACGCUACCUCGGUGACUGCGCUGAGCCAGAUCCACACAACAUCUCGUUCGGUUUCGGACGAAGAAUUUGUCCCGGAAAGCUCUUCGCCGAUUCCACUCUCUUCUCAACAAUCGCCAGUUUCCUGGCAGUUUUUGAUGUAAGGAAAUACAGAGACGUCAAUGGAAAGGAGGUCGAUCCCGAAGUCAGUUUCCUGCCCGGGCUCAUUAGUCAUCCGAAGCCGUUCAAGUGUGACAUUAGGCCAAGGUCGGCGGAGCACGAGAGAUUGAUCAGGAGCGUUGAGAUUGAGCAUCCGUCGCCAGAACAUGGAGAUGCAAAGUAUCUGGAUUCGGAAUUAGCGUAG